AUGGACGCGCCUGGCGCGACACCGGCGAAUGAAACUGCCGUUCAGGGCACUCCCGAGCACUCCACGUCAACUGCACGAAGCAGAUCAGCUACGGACUCAACUAAAGAUACCCAGGACGGAGGCCAACUCGAAAAUGACCACAGCUCAAAUGGCAGCGAUAACGAGGACCAAGAAGAUGAGAACGAGGAAGAUGAAUCAGACGACGAUGACGAAGAGCCCCGCCUCAAAUACGCAUAUCUCACGAAGCACUUGGGGUCUGUAUACCGCAAUGGAGAUGCGACAAGCUCUUUCCUUGUAGCAGGAGACAAGAUGAUUGUCGGAACACAUAACGGAAACGUCCAUGUUAUGUCCUUGCCUCUCUUACAGUCUUUGCGUGUAUACCAUGCGCACUCAGCGAGUGUCACUUCUAUUUCUAUAUCGCCUUUCCUGCCUCCUUUUCCGAACCUCAAGCAGGACCCCUUCAAGCAAGCCCAGGAUGACCAUUCCCCCCUACACGAUCAUCUACCAACACCAGCAGCAUUCGUGGCCAAAGCAGGACGAACAAGGCAUCCAUAUCCAACAUACCGUCGAACUCCAUUUACAUCGGAACCUCUUCAAUCGAUGGCAACGACAUUCCUCUCUGGUGGCCGGGCAGGUGAACUGAUUCUAACAACCGGCGGUCGUAUCGGAGCGAGCUCCAACUCGACAACGAUGGGGGGCGCGGCCGCAACAGCAUCAAGCUGGUUAGGGUCUAUGGGCCUUGCUUCCAAUAGUGGAAAGGAUACCAUUGUUCACAGCGGCGAGGGUGCUAUUAGCACUAUCAGAUGGUCCUUAUCUGGAAAAUAUGUGACCUGGGUCAACGAGGAGGGCAUCAAGAUUAUGCGCUCCAAUCUACAUCUGGACUCGUCCGAGUCCGAAUUUGCUUGGAAACGGAUCAGCCAUAUCGAUCGUCCGAACCGCCCAGGCUGGGAAGAAAUGGCCAGUGUCUGGAAAGCACGCGCAGAAUGGAUUGACCAGUCUGCUUUAGACAGCCAUGACAAUCUUGACGUCAACGACAAUCCGGCAAGCUCAAAUGCGCAAUCGACCGUGUCUGUUGAUAAAGUAGAAAAGCUUGUCGUCGGAUGGGGAGGAACUGUCUGGGUUAUUGAUGUUUACCCCGAAAGAGCAAGCAAGACCUCGAAGGGCGAGAAGUUGGGCUCUGCUGAGGUUGUCACAAUAUUGCGGACAGAUUGCGUGGUAUCUGGCAUUUCGUUGUACACGCCUCGUCUUCUUGUUAUUCUCGCAUACAUGGAAACCGAAAAUGACACUAUUAAUAGCGGAAGGGGCACUGGAACACGCAAUCGAAAACGGGGCUUGGAGCCUGAACUUCGUGUCAUUGACAUUGAGACUAAAGAAGAAAUCAGUGCCGAUACGCUUUCAAUCAACCGAUUUGAAGGUCUCUCGGCAUCUGAUUAUCAUCUUAGCGUCUUGCCUCCGUGGAAGACUCCAGAGGGACAAGUUGUUCAUCGUGGUGCCUUGGGGGCACUUGGUUACGGACUUCUGGAUGCUACUAUGUACCCUGCACGCCUUUUUAGCUCAGGUGCUAGCAUACGCAGUACCACAAGUAGCGGAGACAAAGGCUCUGCUAGAGCUCCCCCGUCUUUCAUGUCCAAACACUCGGUCGAGGAGACUCUCCCGAAAGAGGUGCAGGACGUGUCAGGUGCUCCUGGUGCCAAGAUAUUUGUCCACAGUCCAUAUGACUGCGUUGUUGCAGUCAGGCGGGACCUUGCGGAUCGGCUGUCUUGGUUAGACUCUCACGGUCAAUACGAGGAAGCUUGGAACCUCGUCGAUGAACAUCCUGAAGCUGCAGGAUCCAUAUCCGACCUGGGUGACAUUGUCUCAGAAGCUGCCGGCAGGUCACAAACCAGUUUGGGUGACUUUUUUGCAGAUGAUCGAUCAUCAAUUACAACAGCUGGCCGGCCGAAAGUCUCUGCAGCAGAGCAAGAAAAGGCUCGAAUCGGAGAGCUUUGGAUUCAACAACUUAUUAGUCAAGAGAAGUGGGUUGAAGCUGCGAAGAUUUGUAGUAAAGUCAUUCGCAAUGCCCCACGAUGGGAGCACUGGGCGUGGAUCUUCAUCAAGAGAAGCAAACUGGACGAGAUCACCCCGCACAUUCCGGUUGACCUAAAUCCGUCGUUGUCUUCUGCGAUAUAUGAAGUGAUUCUCCGCCACUACGUGUCUCGAGACCUGACUAAAUUCAAAGAACUAAUCGAAACCUGGCCAUCUGAUUUGUUUGAUGCAAAUACCAUUGCAGCAGCCAUUGAAGAACAACUGAAAUCUGGAUCAGUGCGCGAUGAUUCCGAGGACUGGCGAACUCUCACUAAUUGUCUGGCCAAAUUGUUCUUGGAUGGAGAUGCAGCCAUGUCGUUGGUGAGGGAACACCGCUUGCUUGACGCGGUCACGGACGACAUCCCGGCUUUCAUCAUGAUUCGCGUUUCCAAGGAUCAAAUGAAGUCGGCUACCAAGUUCGAGUUGGAAGAAUUAACUUCUGAGCCGACACGUCUUCUUGUUAGUGAAGCAUACACAGGCAUCGUUCUUCCGGAAACCGUCGUGUCACAGUUAAUUGCUGCAGAUCGUUUUCUGUUUCUUUAUUUCUACCUUCGCGCGCUCUGGCGAGGCGAGUCUCUACCCCAUGAAGUCUCUAAACCCCGAAGAGGGCGAGGGGCUCAUGCUCGAGAUGCGGCCAGCAAGCUGGCUGCUGACGAAGGCAAAGCACUCAUUGACAAUUUCGCCGAUACGACUGUCGAGGUAUUCGCCGAUUAUGACCGACCUCUGCUGAUGGAGUUCCUCCAAACGAGCAUCUCUUACUCCUUUGACAAAGCCACCUCCAUAUGUGAGCACCACAAAUUCACGCCUGAGUUGAUUUAUCUUUUGUCGAAGAUGGGCCAGACGAAGCGGGCCUUGAACUUGAUAUUGUCAGAUCUUAAAGAUGUGUCACAGGCCAUUUCAUUUGCAAAGUCACAGGAAGACCCCGAUCUGUGGGAAGAUCUACUUGACUACUCGAUGGAUAAACCAAAGUUCAUUCAUGGUCUUCUUGUUGAGGCCGGUACAGCCAUCGACCCAAUCAAGCUUGUGCGUCGAAUCCCGAGCGGAUUGGAAAUCGAAGGAUUAAGAGAAGGUCUCACUCGCUUAAUUCGUGAACACGAUCUGCAAGCUAGUAUUAGCCAAGGCGCGGCCAGGGUUAUGCAAAGCGAGGUUGCUCUUGGGAUGGACUCGCUGCGCAAAGGCCAGCGCCGCGGCAUCAAGUUCGAUAUCAACGAAGACAGAGAGGAAGACUUCAGCUUGACACCCACAGCCAAGGCCCAAAGUCAAGAUCAAUUAUCCCAGACUAGUGGUGCUAAAAAGUUUGCAGGCACUGGACAGGGAAGAUGCGGUGGCUGUAACGCCGCCUUCCGAGCAAACGAGCGGGAAAUCCUUGUUGGCUUUGCCUGUGGCCAUGUAUUCCAUCUUUCCCACUUGCAUCCAGGCACAUCACAGCAACAAUCGGGCACAAGCAGCCGUGAUCGAUCUGCAGAUCGAACUCCACGAGCCUUGUCUCCAGUCAACGAGCCUUCUUCUACCACUGCGUCUCGCACAGUGGGUCCUAAAGUGACCACGGCAAGGAUACUACGAGAUAAGAUCGGCGACGGCUGCCGGAUCUGUGCUUUGACGAGAGAGAUUGAAUCCCUUGGCGUUGAUGGCGAAGUCUAA